AAAUAAUCAAUUUACCAGUUGAUGUUCAAUGGACCAGAGGAACGGAGAACGCCGGGUAAUCCAGCCGGAAUUUCACCGGAACCCUCAUCCUGCACCGCCGAAUUGGCCUUCCGACGACUCUAUCUCUCGUAACGAUGGGAACUUAGACAAUCACAGAAGGAACUUCCCCGGAGACGGCAAUCAAUACAAUCGCCGGCAACAUCACCAGCAUCACCAUCGUAACCCGAAUUUUGAGCAAAAAUUCGGUGGUUCCGCGCCUUUUCCGGUUCGUAAGAGACCUUUCGAUCAAGCAAGCUCUGACUUUCUGGAUUGUGGCAGUUUUGUGAAACUCUAUGUUGUAGGAGUUCCAAGGCCAGCAGAAGAAGAAGAUGUCCGGUCUGUUUUUGCUGCACAUGGGCACAUUGUUGAGUUUGUUCGUCUAACGGAUAAAGGCACCGGUUUGAGGAAAGAAUGUUGUUUUGUGAAGUAUAGAACGCUAGAUGAAGCUAAUAGGGCUAUUGUAGCAUUCAAUGGUCGAUAUACUUUCCCUGGGGGUGAGUUUCCCUUAACAGUUAGGUAUGCUGAUGGGGAACGUGAUCGUCUCGGAAUCUUGACCGAACACACUCAGAAACUUUAUGUUGGUGGUCUGAGGAAACAAGCUUCCAAAAAAGAAAUUGAGCAUGUAUUUUCUCCAUAUGGGAUUGUUGAAGAAGUCUUCCUAAUUGCUGAUGAACAUAAACAACGCCGUGGAAGUGCUUUUAUCAGGUUUGCUUGUAGAGACAUGGCAGUUGCGGCUAUGAAUGCACUACAUGGUACCUAUAUAAUUAAAGUAUGUGAACACCCAUUGGUUAUUCGAUUCGCAGAUCCUAAGAAGCCCAAGGUGGGAGAGUCGAGGGCACCACCCCUUAUGAAUGAGCAAUUCAAUGGGAAUAUAGCAGCUAACCAGUCUAAUCACCAGAGUCCAAAUCAGACUCCAAAUAACAGAAGCAAUCCUCAGACAGUUUUCAGCACUCAUGUUGGAUCAGAUAAUGUUUUGCCAUCAGCUGCAUCUUCUGUCAAUGCAAAAUCUUUAAAUGCUGAGAUGGAGUCCAUAGAUUGUGAAUGGAGUGACCAUAUCUGUCCUGACGGAAACUUAUAUUAUUAUAACUGUGUAUCGUGUGAAAGCAGGUGGGAGAAGCCAGAGGAGUUUGCACUUUAUGAAAAGAAAUUAGAAAAGCUAGAUCUACAGCAACAGGAUCAGCAUAAUUUAAAAGUUCCAGUACGUAACACUCCAGAAGUAUCUCAAAUGCGUCAGGAACUCGAAACAGCUAGUUCAGCGGUUCCUAUGGCUUGUGUCUAAACAUGGAUUUUCAUUUUAGGAGUUAUUAGAACUGAGUUUAUGGAACUUGAAACAAGCAAGUUCAAUGGUUCCUCUGGCGUGUGUGUAAACAGCAUCAGUUUUCAUCUUAGAAGUUACUAGAACCGGAAACGGAACACAUAUGGUUUUGUUUUUUCAAUUACAAGUGACAGUAGCACUGAAAGGCAACAUUCUGAAGACUGAUGUGCAUUUGUAUGAACCAUUCAACUGCUAGAGAUUUACUUGUGAACUUUAGACUGUUUAGGGCCCUUCCCCAGUUGGGAGCAAAUAUGUUUUUGUAUAGUUGUUUUAGAUUUUUUUUUCCCAACUCUUUGUGUUAAGGCCCGUUUGGACAUUAUUUGAAAUUAGUGAUUUGAAAGUUAAUGGUUUUAUUUGGACAUAUAAUAGAUUUCUUAAGCUA